CCGGGGCGCUUUACGGCACCAGGCACUGCUGAGUUGGGAGAUGUCGGCUGCGGGUGGGGAGGAUGCCCCGGGUCCUCCCAGAGGUUUUGCGAAACGGGUCCUGGUGACCGGGGGUGCCGGCUUCAUUGCGUCACAUGUGAUUGUCUCAUUAGUGGAAGGUUAUCCAGACUAUCUGAUCAUAAAUCUAGACAAGCUGGAUUACUGUGCAAGUUUAAAGAAUCUCGAAACCAUUUCUAACAAACAAAACUACAAGUUCAUACAGGGGGACAUAUGUGAUUCUCACUUUGUGAAACAGCUUUUUGAGAGGGAGAAAAUAGAUAUAGUGCUACAUUUUGCUGCGCAAACACAUGUAGAUCUCUCAUUUGUACGUGCCUUUGAGUUCACAUACGUGAAUGUUUAUGGCACUCACGUUUUGGUAAGUGCUGCUUACGAAGCCAGAGUGGAGAAGUUUCUGUAUGUCAGCACAGACGAAGUAUAUGGGGGCAGUUUUGAUAAGGAGUUUGAUGAGUCCUCUCCCAAGCAGCCUACAAAUCCUUAUGCAUCAUCAAAAGCAGCUGCUGAAUGUUUUGUCCAGUCUUACUGGGAACAAUACAAGUUCCCAGUUGUCAUCACAAGGAGCAGUAAUGUUUAUGGACCACAUCAAUAUCCAGAAAAGGUCAUUCCAAAAUUUAUAUCUUUACUACAACACAACAGGAAAUGCUGCAUUCAUGGAUCUGGACUUCAAAGGAGAAACUUCCUCUACGCUACUGAUGUGGUAGAAGCAUUUCUCACUGUCCUGAAAAAGGGGAAACCAGGUGAAAUUUAUAACAUCGGAACCAAUUUUGAAAUGUCCGUUGUCCAGCUUGCCAAGGAACUGAUACAGCUGAUCAAAGAAACUAACUCAGAAUCUGAAAUGGAAAACUGGGUUGACUAUGUUAAUGAUAGACCUACCAAUGACAUGAGGUAUCCCAUGAAGUCAGAAAAAAUAUUUGGCUUGGGAUGGAGACCAAAAGUGCCUUGGGAAGAAGGAAUCAAGAAAACAAUUGAAUGGUACCGAGAGAAUUUUCACAACUGGAAGAACGCAGAGAAGGCAUUAGAACCCUUCCCAGUGCAGCCGCCAUUCAUGUAAUGAGGACGGGUUUCGGAGUCAGAAGAGAAUGAUCUUACCUCGAUGAGUAAUAGCAAAUCAAGUGACCAAAUGAAGUGCCCUCUUUGUCACUUAGAAUCAGACUCAUGGAUUUUAGGCCUAACAUUUUGAUGCAGAAACGCCUCCGAUCUUCAGAAGAGUUCCGGUAGUGGCAUAGUGGCAUAGUGGCAUGUCAAAUCUGACAUACCGAAAGCAUCUCAGACACCUAUUCUCCCAGCAGUUAGGGGACAGGAGGUGUAGGAAGACCCCUCCAAAGGGCCGGGGCAGGAAGGAGGCCUUUCAAGCACACAUAUCAACUCCAGGCAGAUGAUAGCUUUCUCUGGCAUUGAACUCACACAGCUUCCCUGACACACCCACUGCCUAGAAGUUUCCAUUUCUAGACGGUAUGGGAUAAGCCACAUGCCUUACUUCAGCUCUGUUUAUAAGGCCUGAUAUUGUGCUUGAAUUGCUUUAAGAGUGGAACAAAGUGGGAGCUGGCACAGUAGAUAAAAACAGAAGUCUGUCUUAGCACUUUGGAACUAUUGUGAUAAUUCUGUAAAAUUAAGUUACUUAAAAAAAUAUAUGUAGUUUUUAUAUUUUUAGAAUCAGUCAUAUUAUGUAGAUAACUUUGUCUCAGAAAUUUUAUCAUGUAUUUUAUUCUUCAAGUGAUUUUAUUUAUAAAAUUUUCCGUAUUUUAAUGUAACUGA